AUGGGACAAACCUUGACCACUCCUUUGAGCCUCACUCUAGAUCAUUGGGCACAAGUGCGGGAGAGAGCGCAUAAUCUCUCCGUGGAGAUUAACAAGAAGAAAUGGAGAACUCUCUGCUCCUCAGAAUGGCCUACCUUCGGAGUCUCUUGGCCGCCUGAAGGAACCUUUAACUCUCAGAUUAUUUUACAGGUGAAGCAGCGCGUCUUCAGCCCUGGACCCAAUGGCCACCCCGAUCAAGUGCCCUAUGCAGUCACCUGGGAGUCGCUGGCCGUUGACCCCCCCCCUUGGAUAAAGCCUUUUGUUCUCACGGUCACUAAUCUGCCCCUCCCGGCUUCUUCUGCCAUGGCCUUAAUUUCCUCUCCUCCUCCUCUCACCCCUACUCCCGCUGUCCACCCCUCUCAGCCCCUGCCUUCUGCGCCACCCUCCCUGGAUCCGACCCUGCAGAAGAAUUCUCCAAAGACCCCUCCAGUGCUCCCACCGGACCCUAACUCGCCCCUCAUUGAUCUGCUAUCGGAGGAUCCUCCUCCAUAUGCUCAGCAGGGUUCUUCUGGAGGUCCUUCCAGGCCCCCGGCGAUUCCUGCCCCGUCAGCUCCUCCCACAUCCCCCGCGUCAUCACCGGUGGCGGGAAGAUUGAGGGGGAAACGAGAACCCUCUCCCCCUCCUGAGGCCGCCACCCGCCUUUUUCCACUAAGGGAGGGGCCAAACGGUCUCCAGUAUUGGCCUUUCUCUGCUUCAGAUCUCUAUAACUGGAAACAGCAUAACCCACCUUUUUCCAGAGAUCCCACUGCCUUGACUAACUUAAUUGAGUCCAUUUUGGUCACUCAUCAGCCCACUUGGGAUGAUUGCCAGCAAUUAUUGCAGGCGCUCCUCACCUCGGAGGAGCGACAAAGGGUUUACAUUGAAGCCCGGAAGAAUGUACCAGGCGAAGAUGGACGGCCCAUGCAGCUUCCCAACGAGAUUGAUGAUGCCUUUCCCCUCACCCGACCGAAUUGGGACCUUGCUACGCCGGCAGCCCAUUUGCAGGCGCUGCAUCUCGUACACUCUGAGAUUUGGAAACCUUUGGCCGAGGCUUAUGCUGAGCAGCGCAUCAGACCCAUAGCCCCUCAUCCCUUCCAACCGGGAGAUCUUGUCUGGAUCCGCAGACACCAAGCCAAGAACUUGGAACCACCUUGGAAGGGUCCCCACACUGUCCUUCUCACCACGCCUACUGCUGUGAAGGUCGACGGGAUAACUGCUUGGAUCCACGCUUCCCACAUCAAGGCAGCCACCUCUGAAGACCAAGUCGUCUCCUCCACAUGGCGGGCCCAUCGAACUCAAAAUCCCCUAAAGAUAAGACUAUCUCGCUCUUAAUUCUAUUUGCAUUUCCAUUUGUGUUCCCUGCCCAUUCCUGGCCCCUACCUGGCCAAGGGGGUUCCCCCCAUGCCCUUUAUAAUAUCACCUGGGUAAUUCAAAACACCAUGACAGGAGUCAUCGCCAACUCCACUUCAAGUAUAGCCCCUCUUUCUACCUGGUUCCCUGACCUGCUGGUAGAUAUCUGCGAUCUCGUGUCAUUAGAAUG